GCACUCACUCACCCACGCACACACCGACUGACUGAGCGAGAGUGCGAGAGACGGACGUCUCUUCAGUACUCUGCAUUGCGCCAAGAAAGGAAAGAGGAGGGCGUCUGUGCGUUCUGAUACAAGCAGAGCAACCAAGGACCUGACUAUCAAUUCUAUUAUUUAUUUAUUCUUCGUUCUUCAUUGGUGACCGCUACAGCCGUGUUUGUGUGUUUGCUUCCUUGCCGCCAUGUCGCUGCAACGAAGCCGUCUGCUGCGCUCUGCGUAUGAUGAGCUGGUGGUGGUGGGUAGCCGGUGGACGCAGAUGCUGGCCAACUCGCCGGAGGUCGCCGAGGCGGGGCCGCCGUACGUCCAGGCGCACCUCGCACUGCCCAAGGUGACGCUCAUUCCCACCCUGCACGUGGCGAGUAUGAAGUUCUACGACCGUGUGCUCGAGUACAUUGACCAGGCCGUGCGGCGCAACAAGGAAACGGUGGUGCUCCUGGAGGGUAUCUGCGACAGCAAUGCAGCGGAGAAGCAGCAGAUGCAGGAGUACAUCGAUAUUAUGCAGAAUCAGAGCUUGCAGCAGACGAUGAUCGCCAAGGCGGAUGACAACACCCUCUACUCCCCGGAGGUGAUGCGGGAGAUCUGCCAGGAGCUUGGCGUGCGCUACGACCUGCUGCAGUCUCUUGAGCCCACCGUGCGCCUGCAGGAGUGCUACUUGAAGCCGAAGCUCGCGGCGACCUGCGGACUGAAUUUGCGCAACAACGCCGACCUCGACAUGCACGAGGUGCAGAAACUACUCGAGGAGGAGACGGCGCGGCUGCAUUCGCGCGGCGAGAACUUGCCGUCCAGCGUGGCGGUUAGCCAGCUCGGCUCCUUCCCGAUCAUCCGCAAGCACCGAGAGCUCAAGGUGGCCACCGUGGCGCGGGCGUACUGCGAGGGCUGGUUUGAGAAGGAAAUCGACGCAGAGGUGAUCAUCCCCUGGGGAUACUUCCACUCGGAGGCGAUCAUACAUUACAUUCUGGAGGGCAACAAGCUGGUGGGCGGCAGCGUGCAGAAGGACGGAGAGGGCGGCGGCGCCGCGGGGUCGAGUGGCGCGGCGGGUGGGGAGCGCGGGGAUAGCGCGGGUAGCGGAGCCGCCGCCGUCGCCUCGCCGGCGCGAAAAGCUCCGCGGCUCGUCUUUGUCGAGGCCGAUGAGCUCAUUGCGAAGGUGCCGUUUAAUGUGCCGAAGGAGCUGAUUGAACCCGUGCAGGAUGCACCGCGUGCGAAACCACAAGGGUGA